UUGUUAGAUUAUCAGUUAAGACACGUACAGCCUMCCAGAUACACAAGAUGCAAGUUGCACUCAUCGCUCUGCUCUGCUGCCUGCUCGGCUCAGCCCUGGCCAUGCCUCAGCCCGAGAAGUUGGACGUGAGCAAGGCGUCGGCAUGGACCGAGCGUCCGCCUUCGGGUCCGCCACCAGAGCAGCGAUUCCUGCUGGAUGGUGGCUACAACAAGGAUAAGAACGGCCGGGAUGUCUGGGCCAUGGCUCAGGUGCCCGUCUACACCAGCGACAACAAACGCCACGAAUUCGAUGCCGUCGGCAAAUAUGGCCAACAUCUGGGCGGRCCCUACGGCAACAGCCCGCCCUCCUAUGGCUUCGGUGGCAACUACAGAUUCCGGUUCUAGAAUGGGAAUAUAUCAGCAAUUUGUAAAUAUUUGUGUAAACUAU